CGCUCGUAACUUUUCGGCAGUUUCCGGGAAGACUCGGGGGCUCCGCGCCUCGCUCGCUGUUCGAUCGCCGGGCGCCGCUGGGCAGGGUCUCGGGCGAGUCAUGGCGUCCCCUUCUCGGAGGCUGCAGACCAAACCGGUCAUCACUUGUUUCAAGAGCGUCCUGUUGAUCUACACAUUCAUCUUCUGGAUCACUGGUGUUAUCCUUCUUGCCGUUGGCAUUUGGGGCAAGGUGAGCCUAGAGAAUUAUUUUUCCCUUUUAAAUGAGAAGGCCACCAAUGUCCCCUUUGUGCUCAUUGGCACUGGCACUGUCAUUAUACUUUUGGGCACCUUUGGCUGUUUUGCUACCUGCCGAGCUUCUGCAUGGAUGCUGAAACUGUAUGCAAUGUUUCUGACUCUCAUUUUUUUGGUUGAAUUGGUUGCUGCUAUCGUAGGAUUUGUUUUCAGACAUGAGAUUAAGAACAGCUUUAAGAAUAAUUAUGAGAAAGCUGUAAAGCAAUAUAACGCUACGGGAGAUUACAGAAGUGAUGCGGUAGACAAGAUCCAAAGCAUGUUGCAUUGUUGUGGUGUCACCAACUAUAGAGAUUGGAAGGAUACUAAUUAUUACUCGGAAAAAGGAUUUCCUGAAAGCUGCUGUAAACUUGAAGAUUGUUCUCCUCAGAGAGAUGCAGAUAAAGUAAACAAUGAAGGUUGUUUUAUAAUGGUGAUGACCAUUAUAGAAUCAGAGAUGGGAGUUAUUGCUGGAAUUUCUUUUGGAGUCGCUUGCUUCCAACUGAUUGGAAUCUUUCUAGCCUACUGCCUUUCUCGUGCCAUUACAAAUAACCAGUAUGAGAUAGUGUAACCAACAUAACACGGGCCUAUUACUCUCCAACUUUAAGGAUAUUAACAUCCCUAUCCCCAACUUUGUGAAUUAUAAGAUUGCCUGGAUGGAAGACCUACGUUUGUUACAGAUAGAUUGAAAAAUUACAUCGGUAGUCUGAUUCGAUCAAGACAGUUUGAUACGUUCGAAGUCCACCUUCUGUCCCAUUCAUGUUAUAUCAUUGAAAUCUCCAUAUCACUCUGAAACACUGGAAGAGCUUAAUAAAUUGUAAA